GGGUUCGCCCGUCCCUCUAGUCACCUCAGGCUUGCUACCCCCGCCCCGCCCCUCAUAGUGGCUCUCUCGCCAUCUUACCCCCCCCCUCCAGCCUAGCUCAGUCACCUUUUUCCUUUCUACAAUCUCUGCCCCCCACUCCCCGCCCCCUGCCCGUCGUGUCCCGGGGCCGCCACCGCAGACACCGCGUCAUCUCUGUCCCCUCUCAAAUCUCCACGCGGGACGCGCAGCCGUGCCUCCACGUGUCUUAAGCAGAGAUGAAUAAUACUGCAGCUAGCCCGAUGUCUACUGCCACUUCAAGUAGUGGAAGAAAUGCAGGGAAGACUGUGAGCUUUGCGGCCGAGUUGCAGAGCAUGAUGUUUUCAUUAGGUGAUGCUAGGAGGCCUCUCCAUGAAACAGCAGUUUUGGUAGAAGAUGUGGUUCAUACACAACUAAUUAACCUGUUACAGCAAGCUGCAGAAGUCUCUCAGCUUCGGGGAGCAAGAGUGAUCUCUGCUGAAGAUCUUCUGUUCUUGAUGAGAAAAGAUAAGAAAAAACUUAGAAGACUUCUAAAAUACAUGUUUAUCCGAGACUACAAGUCAAAGAUCAUCAAAGGCAUUGACGAGGAUGACCUCCUGGAAGAGAAACUGAGUGGCAGCAGCGGUACAAACAAGAGACAGAAGAUCGCUCAGGACUUGAUAAACUCUAUCGACCAGACAGGAGAGCUUCUGGCAAUGUUUGAAGACAACGAACUCGAUGAUGUCAAGCAGGAGAGAAUGGAGAGAGCAGAAAGACAGACUCGGACUAUGGAUUCAGCUCAAUAUGCAGAGUUCUGUGAAAGCCGACAGUUAAGUUUCUCCAAAAAAGCUUCCAAAUUUCGAGACUGGCUGGACUGCAGCAGCAUGGAAAUAAAGCCCAAUGUUAUAGCUAUGGAAAUUCUGGCAUAUCUGGCAUAUGAAACAGUGGCCCAGUUGGUGGAUCUGGCUCUUCUUGUGAGGCAAGAUAUGGUGUCCAAGGCGGGGGACCCCUUCAGCCAUGCCAUUUCUGCAACCUUCAUUCAGUACCACAACUCUGCUGAGGGGUCCUCCUGUUUGAAGUCAAGCCCAGACUCUCCUGAGAACACACCUCCUCCUACACCAACAGCUCCCUCUUCUGGAUCACAGCAUUCAGGUAGAGCUACAUCUGGUUCCCUGGGGAAUGGGAGCACAGGACAAGACUCUGCCAAAACCAAGCAGAGAAAGAGGAAAAAGAGCACUGCGGCCUGUGGUGUCGAGGCUCACAGCGAUGCCAUCCAGCCCUGCCACAUCAGAGAGGCGAUUCGACGCUACGGCCACAAGAUUGGCCCUCUCUCCCCAUUCACAAGUGCCUACCGAAGGAGUGGGAUGGCUUUCCUGGCCUGCUGAGGGGACCAUGGCCGUGCCUGCCUCCAUGAAGAGGGAGUGGCUCACCGAGGUCAUUCUUCCCUGUUCUGCCUGAGAGUAAAAUAGGAUUUUACCUUCUCCUGCCCUAGGGAGUGGCCUGCUUUGUUCCUGACUCUCAACCAUCUGACUCCAGCUCUUCCCCAGCUUCCUCAGCCUUGUUUACUGAAUGGGCCAUUGCCUAAUUAAUGGCAGGAUGUUGGGGAUGGUGUGUAGGUGGACAAGAAUGCACAUCACACAAUUUUGAAUUUUGAAUUUGGCAUGGAUUUGCUGCCCUCAGCUCAUAAAUCUUAAAAGCGGU